AUGUAUUCAGUUUUUGUGAAACGAUUAAUUCAAAACUUGAAUGAAAUAAUGUUCAUUAAAACCAAACAGAAUGGUUUGCAAACUGUUCGACACUUUUCGUCUAAUUCAAAUGUGAAUCCUAAACUCGAUUUAGAAGUAAACAGAAUAAUUUGGAUCGACAUGGAAAUGACCGGUCUGGAAGUCGAUAAAGAUAAAAUUAUGGAAAUCGCUUGUCUCGUCACCGAUGCAGAUCUGAACGUAGUAGCAGAAGGUCCCGACAUCAUAAUCCACCAACCCAAAACCAUUUUAGACAACAUGAACAGUUGGUGUAAAAAACAACACAAGAAAACAGGUCUGACCCAAGCUUGCCUAGACUCCACUGUAGGCCUCGAAGAUGCGGAAAACGAGAUCUUGAAGUUCAUCAAAGAACACACGAGCGAGAAAAUGUCGCCUUUAGCCGGAAACAGCGUUUACAUGGAUCGAUUAUUUCUCUUAAAAUACAUGCCUAGGAUAAACGAUUACUUACAUUAUCGAAUAAUCGAUGUCUCGACCGUUAAGGAGCUUUGCAGGAGGUGGAACCCGAAAAUUUUCGACAACGCUCCCAAGAAGAAUUUCACGCAUAGGGCUUUAAGUGAUAUCAAGGAAAGCGUAGAAGAACUGAAGUUUUACAAAAGCACGUUUUUUAAAUCUUGA